AUGGUUUUCCGUCAAGCACUCGGUGUCAUGGCGUCCUCCUGUUCGCGAGCUCUCAGGCAUCAUGCUUGUAAGAGUAGCAGAAUAUUGCGCAUCCAUCUGCACAAUUCAUGGCCUAAUAGGAGUUUUGCUCUGAAUUCUGCUGCAGACCAACAACCUGCCGUUUCUUCACUAGAAGAAAUAGUCAUUCCAAAGAAGAAAACGUGGAAUAAAGAGGCUGUCUUACAGGCACUGGCAUCCACCGUGAACAGGGAUCCUACAGGAUCAGAUUACAGAUUCCAGGAUGAUCCAUAUCUCGCUCCAAAAACAGCAUUUGACUUUAAAUUAUUCUCCUUGUCCCAGGAGUCAGGCAGAAAUGCUGCCAAAUAUUUCAUCAACAAAUACCCAAAUUACUUCCAGAAAGACUACGCAUACCCUCAUAUUCCCUGUCUGAUGCCGGAGACUCUGGAGGCUCAGAUAGAGGAGGCGUCUGAAGCUGCGCUCGCGGAGAGAGUUCACCUGAGGAAGGUCAAAGCUGCUGUGGAUCUGUACGACCAGCUGCUGCAGGCCGGUACACCAGUGUCUUUGGACGUGACGAAUGAGCUGUUAGAGCUGAUCUGCUUCUAUGGAGACCGUGAUCCUGCACAAGAGAACAUCCCAGAACAGAGGACUGAAGAGACGGAGGACGUCCAGGAUGAGCCGCAGGCUAGCAAAGCAAGAGGAGCAAAAGCCUCAGACGUACUGAAGUUCCCCUGGAAAGAGAAUAAUAAUGCUGAGCGAAUCUUUGCGCUGCUGUCCGAGCCGAACACGCGCUCAUACAGCGCUCUGAUCCGGGGCAUGGUGAAGUAUGGCGCUUACUCGAAGGCGUUCAGCACGUACACGGACCUGCUGAACAACCGGCUGACGGCCGAUGUGCACAUCUUCAACGCCCUGAUCGCAGCCGCCCCAGACGCACAAGAGAAGUACAAUGAGAAAUGGGAGCUGAUGGUGGAUCUCCUGAAGCAGAUGGCGGAGCAGAAGGUCAAGCCGAACCUCCUGACGUUUAACGCCGUCCUGAAGGCUUUGAGACGCUGUGGCUCCCUGGGAAAGUCUCAGGCCUUUCCUGUGAUCAGCGAGAUGAAGGCUCUCAAGAUCGAGCCCUGUCUGGCCUCUUACGGGCACGUGCUCAACAUAUUUUAUAAAACAGGUGCCACAGUUCAGGGCCAAAAAGACAUUCUACAGGAAGUGAUGUACGAGGUGUCGGGGAAGAGCUUCGCCCCACAGGACCCGGAUGAUGCACAGUUCUUCAUCACUGCCAUGAGAAUCUGUCUCGAGACCAAGGACAUGGAGCAGGCGUACAGAGUCCACAGGCUGCUGGGAGUCGGGGAGAACUGGAGACUCAUGGGAAAUGAUGUAAAACGGAGCAUCUACUACGCGCGCUUCUUCAGCCUGCUCUGCCUGAUGGAGCAUGUUGACGUGGUGAUGAAGUGGUACAGAGAUCUGAUUCCCUCAGUGUACUACCCCAAUUCUAACGUCAUGACGGAUCUACUGCGAGCGCUGGAUACCGACAACAGAUUAGAACUCAUCCCGCAGAUAUGGAAAGAUAUCAAAGCGCUGGGCCACGCGAACAGACAGAAGCUGGUGGAGGAUCUGCUGGCACUGAUGGCCAGAGAAACACACAGUGCGCAGGUGCAGGACUCGCUGGCCGACUGUGCGCUGGACAUUAGGAGCAUGUACAGCACCGGUGACCGAGGGAAGGCCCAGAUGAGCUGGACGGCCGGUUCUCUCAGCGACGUCAUCUCCGUCCUGCUCGCGGCUCACAGGACACCGGACGCCUGGGAGACACUGAAACUCUUCAAAACCCACAAUAGAGUUCCCAGUGUGGAUCUGCUGAACCGGUUCCUGACGUGUGUGAAGGAGAGCGGGGAUGUGGAUCAGGCCGUGGAGCUGGUGAAGAUCUCCGCUGGCUUCUGUCUGCCCGACACACACACACUCAUCCACAGGAUCCAGCAGGAGUUCGAGCUCUCGCCGGAGCACAGGAGCAUCUUGUCUGAUCUGGAGACUCAGACCUUCAGCAGCGAUUAAACCCCGAGGCUGCGGA